AUGGCUGUGUUCCCCAUGGGCUUCUCUUGGUCAGUCUUCUGGGCCCAGCGUAUCAAUGCUCGCCUGGUUCGGGAGGCUUCAGGAAUGGAAGGCUCUGUGGCGGUGGAGGACAGGGGGGGCGGGCUCAUCAUAAGUAAGGACUCCGCGCCCGUCUUUUACGUGUAUGUGGACAACGUGGGGGUCUUGGGAGCGGACAAGAUUGAGGUCCAGAAGUCGCUUGAUAACAUCAAAAACGUUCUUAACUCUAACAAAAUGCAGUGUCACGAAGUCCAGGAGGCUGGCCAAGUUCGGGACGCUCUUGGGAUCGAGUUCAACGGAGCGCUAAAGUGUUUCAGGUCUGCUGGGAAGCGAUACUGGAAGAUUCGUUGGACUCUGGAGGCUUUCUUGAAGGCGCCCAAGGUAACUGGAAAAGCCCUCGAGGUUCUUCUGGGCCACUGCACCUACCUCGCUAUGCUUCAGCGCCCUCUCCUCUCCUGCUUCGCCUUGGUCUACAAGUUCGCUCGGCGGUGCCGUCACUCGUGGGCUCCACUGUGGCCAACAGCGCGUGAGGAGCUCGUUCGGCGGGCGGCGGCGCUGGCGCUGUCGCGAAACCUCUCCGCGGGGUUCAGGUGGAUCCCGAGUGAGUUCAACAGCUCCGACAAACCUUCCAGGGACCCCGGACUGCGACGGGGGGACACGGUCGAGUUGAGCGUCACGCCUGAUAUACGCCUGGUGGACUACGUCGACGAGCGCAAGCUGAACACCGACAAAGUGCAGGAUUUCGACGUGGCCAUUGUCUCCUUCAUGACCCACAUGUACAUGCUGGGCUACGACGCGGGCAUCGGCCAGAAGUUGAUCGCAGCCGUGGUGUUCUUUCAACCUCGCUUCGGCAAGCUAGGGUUGGCCGCGUUGCUGGCCUACGAAGGUCACCUGGACAUGGCCAUCUGGACGAUCAUCGCUUUCUGCACCUACCUGCGUCCAGGCUCUAUGAUGCAGCUCACCAGGGGCUCGCUGGUCCCACCUACCAUGAAGGUCGACACCAUGUGGCGUGUGCUGGCGCACAGGUCAGACCUCAACCAGGUCUCGAAGGGCGUGCGCAACGGGACGUGCUGGGAGAGGCAGCUCGGCUCGGCGCGCAUCACCUUCGAGUGGAACCAGUGGGCCAAGCCCGGAGUGUCGGCGCACAGCCCGCUGAGGGCCGCCUGGAACAACCUGCGCGAGCGGGUCCACGCCGACAACGCGCCGCUGCCGGGCAAGGGGGGCGCCGCCCCCGCGAGCACCGAGGAGGUGCGGGCCACCGGCAAGGUACCUCUACCAUUGUCCGACAACGACCUGGAGAAGAAGGUCGCCAAGAAGAAAACGGCGUUGGCUCUCGCAGUGGAACGAGAGUCAAAAGCUGAGCGAGUUGCAUUGUACGACGUUGAGCAGAAGCUUGCAAGUGUUGCUCGUCACAAGGAGGCUUUGGCCAAGGCACAAGAUGCCCACGCCGAGUCGGCGUUUUCAUUGGAGAAGGCAGAUGCUGCCCACCGUACCGCGUACGCCGAGAUGGACUCUUUCGAUCCACAGGUUUACCGUCUGCAGAUCGUGGCUGAGGAACGUGCUGAAAGGGAGCGUUUGGAACGGGAACGUGGGCAGGCAGCUGCGGCGGCAGCCUGCCCCUCCGUCCACCCCAAGCACAGCACGGACGGGCGCCCAGCAAAGACCGCCGCCAACGGUGGCACUGGGCCCAUGGAUGUCGACGCUGAACGCCCUGCUCCAGCUCAAGGUGCCGCUGGGCCUGCUGCAGCCCCUCAGCCGCCUGAUCUUAUGUCUUUCAGCGAUGACGACUUACGUAAAUUGCGCGAUGCACACAACCAGAGGUUCGAGUAUUGGAUACAGAUCAAGUCUUUCAAGUCGCAUAAUGAGGAAGAUAAUUUGUUUGACGCUCCCAGCGACGUCGGUAACGACGAGUCAUACCGUGAUGAACUUGACGCACUCAAGAAGAGGAGCAUCGAGGUGGCCUCGUCAGCUGGCGAGCUCGAGAGGUUGGAAGAACUCAUGCAGAAGCGAUAUCAGAUCAAGAAGGUGGAGGAGGUGGAGGACAACGGCGUCUUCAACAACAAGGGCGCGCUGCAGGCUACAGGGCAGUGUUCGAAUCCAGGGCAGCUGCUUGCGAAGUCAGAGAGGGUCGGGCACUGCGUGGAGAGCGUCCUGUUUUUCGUUGUGCGUCGAUUGGACGGAGAGGCCCUGAAGGCUGAGUAUCUGGAUGUACUCACAGGUGCCAUCUCUGCUGGCGUCAAUGCUGCCUGGAAGGCAGCCAGGACCAACUCGCGCGCGAGAAUGAAGGCCUCCGAGGCCUCGGGGAUGCCCUCGCGCGAGGAGGUGGCGGGGCCGCACGAGGGUAGCCCGAGGCUGAAACUCUUCCGCGAGAUCGGGGGCCUGACCGGCAAGGGCACUCUGAAGGUGUGGGCGGGGUACGCACGGUGCGCCGAGCAGUUCUACUCCAAGACCGACAUCCCCGAUCUCGAGCGCCCGCUGCAAGAGUGGGCGGCGGACCAGAGCGACUGGGUCACGAUGGAUCCCUUCAACUUGUCGUACCCGAUCCGGCCCACGCAGAGGCUGUACACCACGAUCUGGAGCAAGGACAUGCAGCCUCUGGACACCGUGCCGGCGACGAUCAAGUGGGACACCUGCGAUGGCCCUCACACGACCGACUCGCUUGCCGACCUCGAGAUGCAGGUGAUGUACAACGCCCUCUGCCAGUGA